UUUACACCGCGGAGGCUGCGGCAAUCAGCUUACAUCGACACCGUGCAGCAGCACGGUGCAGCAGCUAGCAGCAGUGCUCAACCAGCUUCCAGCUUGCUAAUUCGGCCAGGAGCUCGCUAGUUCAGCCCGGGGGGUAGGACGGUGGUAGGGGGUAGGUCACGAGCGCGAGCCAGCGGGGAGCCCGCAGCAGCUGACGCCCGCUGACGCUGGCGCUGACGCCAGCGUACUUGCUUUUAGGCUCGCUCGGUCGGUGCCAAACGUCAAAAUAGUUGACGGGGCACUGACGGUGGCGCGCGGUGACGCCGUCAGCAGUACCAGUCACGACAUGGAGACUCCCUGCACGCAACCUCAGCAGCACCAGCAGCCGCCUGCGGGCAUUACCAGCAGCGCCAACGGCAGUGGAGGCAACACCAGUCACGGCAGCGGCAGUGGUGGCGAUGCAGCAGUCGUCACUGCGGCGGCCGCGCUGCUGCCGUUCCGGCAGUCCAUUCCGGGCGCCUGCCUGCCGCCGCUGCCGCAAUGCAUGGGACCGGUGCACGAGGCCCCCGCCACUUGCUCCACUUACCCAGAGCACAACAUCCACGCCCACGCCGCACCUGAUGCGCCAGCGAUGCAGCAACUGCCGCUACUGGCGGCGGCAACGGGCGGUAGCAGCGGCGGCGGUGCAUCGCCUGCGCCCCUGCUGGCGCCGCCGCUAGAGCCACCGACCGCCGCUGCUACAGCCACGGCAUCUCCGUUCUCUGCUGUGUGCACGUCAAGCAGCAGCGGCAGCGGCGGCGCUGCACCUGCUGCUACUGCCGGCCUUCCUGCUGCAGCCAUCGCUGCAGCUACUGCCGCCACCUGCUACGGCCAGCAGCCCGCCUGCGGCCCCACGUCCCCAGACACCGAGGGCUGGCAGGAGGCGUGCUGUGCGGCGCUGCUGCAGCGGCACGCCAGCGAGGGCGCCCCCGCCCUGCCCCUCAACGCGCCCGGCUCCCCCGCCGCCUCUGACCUCGAGGAUUUCACACGGCAGAUACGUGUUCAGCACCAGCGCCAGCACCAGCAUCAUGACAGUUUCUGGAGGCUUGCAGAUGAGGGUUCCGGUGUGGCCUCUGAGGCCGAGACGGCGCCCACCGCCGGCCGCCACCACAUGGGCGCCGCCGCCGCCGUGGCCCCUUCCACCGACGGCGGCCACGCCCAACCGCCGCCGCACUUCAUGACCCCAGCCGACUUCCUGCACCAGAAGCACGUGGAGCACCACCAUCUCCAGCAGCAGCAGCAGCAGCAAGAGCAGGUGAAGCAGCGCCAACGGCAGCGGCAGCGCGCGCGCCGCCUGAGCACGCAGCAGCGAGACGCGGCGCAAGUGGCAGCGGCGCCGGCGGGUCCUGAGGAAGAGGUGGAGGCGGAGAAACCUGCAGCCGUCACAGCGGCGCCAGGCGACGCGACAACCGCUGCCGCCCUGGCGGCCGCCGGCGCGCAGGACAGUGCUACUGCCGCUGCAGCCGACGCCACGGCGCCGGCGCGCGCCGGCCCGGCUGCUGCUGCUGCUGCCGCCUCGGCCGCUGCUACUGCCGCCGCCGACAGCUGCAAGCCCCUGUUCCACGUGAUGCCCCUCAGCGGCUGGGGCUCCGACCCCAACGGCCCCAUCUUCUACAAGGGCCGGUAUCACCUCUUCUACCAGUCCCGGCCCGGCACGUGCCAGUGGUACUGGGGCAUGCGGUGGGACCACGUGGUGUCGUCCGACCUGGCGCACUGGUCCCGACUGCCGCCCGCGCUGUGCCCCACUCCGGGCGGCAUCGACGCCGACGGCUGCUUCUCAGGCUCCAUACAGGUGGACCCGCACUCCGGCAUCCCGGUGUGCUUCUACACGGCGGCCCGCCUGCGCACCAACCGCGACGUGACGCUGCCGCACCCGCCCGCGGAGCACGACAUGGGGCUCAAGCACAUCGAGACGCAGUGCUGCGCCAUCUGCGACCCCGACGACGAUCUGCUUGUCCGUUGGCGCAAGGUGCCCAUGCCUCUGAUGCAGCUGCCGCCCAGCGGCCAGCUCACGGCCUGGCGCGACCCCUGGUUCGUGGAGCACGGCGACGGCCGCGGCCGGCAGUGGACCAUGCUCAUCGGCAGCGGGCUCAAGGGCGGCGGCGGCACGGCACUGGUCUACCGCUCGGCCGACAUCACGCGGGGCUGGUACUUCGCGGGCCACCUGUGCAGCUGGCCUGACCCCGGCACCGGCAUCUGCUGGGAGUGCCCCUUCCUGGUGCAGCUGCAGCCGCUGCCGCUGUGCGCGCACGUGCUCCCCACCACCGACCUGGCGGCGGUGGCGGGCGCGGCGGCGGAGGCGACGGCGGUGGCGGAGGCGCUGACCACAGCGAUGGACUACAUGGCCGCAAUGGCGUCAGCCGCUGGCAACGGUGGCGGUGGCGGCGGCAGUGGGUCCGCCGCUGACGGCGAAGGUGGUGGUGGCGGCGGCGAUGCCGCCGCCGCCGGGACGCACGCUGGCUCCUGGCGCGCCACGGCGCAGGCGGGCAAGGUGUCCACGGCCGCAGUGGCGGCGGCGACGGCGGCGGCGGAGGCCGCCGGUGACGCGUCGCCUGACGCCGCGGUGUCGGUGGCAAUGGCGGCGGCGGCCGCCGCAGCGGUCGCAACAGUGAAUGCGGCCACCGCCGCCGCGGAUGCCGCCAGCUCCGCGACGCAGCCGCACCACGCGCCGGCGGCAGGCUCUGGCACUGCCGCUGACGCCGAUGUUGACGGGCGCGGCGCCUGCACCAGUGUGCGAGACGGCGGCAGCGGUGGCGGCGACGGCGGCUGCGACGGCGGCUUGGUUGACACAUUGCUGCAUGUGGUCACCUCUGUGUCCGCCGUCACCCCGCCGACAGCGGACGGCUUUGCUGGCGGCAGCGAGGCUGGCGGCGGCGGCGGUCUGCCUACCCUGCCAUCUUCAUCCGGCAUCGUCCCUGGCGGCGGCGGCGGCGGCGGCAGCAGCGCCGUGCAUGCCGUCCUGCCCACUGCCGACGGCGCCGGCAUCGGCAUCAGCGUCACGGCCGCCGCGGCGCCGGCAGGUCCCGACGGCGCCCCUGGCGGAGCCGACGGCAGCACCAUCACCGUUACCGUCACUCGUGCGGGCGCCGCAGCCGUCACUGGUCCCGCCGACGGCGGCGGCGCCACUGAUGACGUCAGCACCGCCGCCGCCGUCGGCGGCAGCAUCACCACCGCCGUCGCCACCGUCACUGGCGGCAUCGAGGGCGGCGCGCCCGCCACGGCCACCAUCGAUGUGGUUGUGACGCCGCUGGCGUCGCCUUUCGCGGCACCUGCUGGCGGCGCGGCGGCGGCAGCAGCAGCAGCAGGGGCAGCCGGCAGUAGCGCCGACGGCGCCGCCAAUGGCGUUUGCGCGCCGCCGUCUGCGCCGCCGCCGGCCUGCCCACCGCCGCACCCGUCGUCGCAGCGCGGCGCAUUGGCGCCCGCCAGCGGCCGCCUUGGCUGCGCCGCCGACGGCGCCCCCAGCGACGCCGCCGCCCCUGCCGCUGACGGCCCUCUGCUGCCGCGCCAGGGCAGCCUGACCAGCACCUCCGUCACUGCCAGCGCCAAGAUGCCGCCAGCCUCCGCCUCCUGCAGCGGCAGCGGCAGCGGCAGCGGUGGUGUGCUACAGGACCUGCACGCCAUGAUUGCACAAGUCAUGGAGGCACACCGGGCGCGCACCGCCGCCGCCGCUGCCGUGUCGUCGUGCUCCGCCGCCGCCGCCACCACUGCCGGUUGCCUGCCGGCGGCCGGCGCCGGCGCCGACGCCAAGCCGGUAGCGGCGGCGGCGCCCGCGGCGGCGGCGCCGACGCCAUCAGCGGCUCCUGGUGCCGUGUCGAGCAAGACGGACGUGAACGGUCGUACAGGUGGCCUGCGGGGGAGCCUGACGCCGCGGCUGCAUGCGGUGGGGCGCAACGGUGCCGUCGCGCCGCUGGGCACGUUCAUAGCUGGCGUGGCGCAGCCCGCCACCAAGAGCAACACCAGCAACACCAGCAACAGCGGCGGCAGCCCGCCGCCCGCGUCCUCCUCCACCUGCUCCCGCUCCUCCUCCGCCUCCUCCACCGCUGCCUCGUCCCCCGUCGCCGGCGACUUCGACGGCGUUUAUGUCCUCGGCAGUGCCGACGACCAGCCCGCCGCCAACGCAGCUGCCGCUGACGCGUCGGCUACUGCUUCUGCUACAGCCGACGCCGACGCCGCAGAUGGCGGCGGCGAGCUGCUGCAGCCGCACCAGCUGUGGUACCGGCCCGGCAUGGUCGGCCACUGCGCCAGUCCGGAACGUGCCAUCCCCGUGGAACCUCUGGCAGCAGACCUGCUGCUACAGCCACAGCCACAGCCCGAGCUACAGCCGCCGCAGCUGCCGCCGCAUCCCACCGACGGCGCCGCCACAGCCGCCACUCCCGCCACGACGUUGACCAUGAGCUACCACAAGGCGCAGCCGCUGCUGCCUCCCGGCGCCUCCUACUCGGCGUGUGUUGCGGCCGCCAGUGCACUGCCGCUGCACGGCGACGUGGACAGCGCCACCUCGCACGCACACGCCGUCGCACUGCCGCCGGGCCGCCGGUGGCUGUUCUGCUGCGCGCCCGACGCCUGCACUUACAGCAUCCUGUACUGGAUCUCGGAGUACGACAGCGCCGCCGCGCGGUACGACAUGGGGGGCGCGGAGGCGGGCGGGCGGCCGCGCAAACUGGACCUGGGCAAUGUGCUGUACGCGCCCACCUGCCUCAAGGACCCGCAGGGCCGCAACGUGCUGUGGGGCUACAUGAAGGAGCUGCGCAAUGUGCCGGCGCCGCCAUGCCUCUGCAACAAGUACAGCUACGCCGGCUGUCUGUCGCUACCGCGUGCGCUGUACCUGCGCGGUGACAAGCUGUUCCAGGUUCCGCUGCCGGAGCUGACGAGCCUGCGCAGUGACGUGGCGGUGCACGUGUCGGCGCUGGGCCUGGCGCCGGGCGGCCACUGGCGGCUGAGCGGCGUGCGGGGCCUGCACCUGGACAUGGAGCUGGCGAUAAGCCCCGGGCGCAGCCGCCGUGUGGUGGUUCUGUUCCGCAGCUGGCGCCCUCGCGGCCGGGGCGCCGCCGCGCUGGUGUACGAGUGGCGCACUCGGAGGCUGUUUGUGGUGUUCGAGGCGCUCAGCCCGGCAGGCAGGCGCAAGUGGAGCAGCGGCGGCGGCGAGGGAGAGGAGGGCCACAGGCACCACCACCACCGUCACGCUCCAGAGCGGGACCAGGAGCAGCAGGAGCCGGAUGGGCUGCAGCGGGAGUUGCGGCGGGUGCAGCGGGAGCAGCAGGUCGGUGGCGCAGGCGGUGGUGGUGCGGGCGGUGGUGGUGCGGGCGGCGGGGAGGUGGCCGUGGGGGCGCCCUCGGUGCUCGCCACCGCACUGCCGGCGCCGCUGGUGCGUGAGCCGCGCGGCGGCACUGCUGCGGCGGAGGAGGGAUCGCCGCCGCCGGCGCCGGUGCCACCGCAGCAGGGGCCGCAGGAGCCGCAGGGGGAGCUGCGGAAGGAUGGUGCCGCUGACGGCGGUGCCAGGGAGAGCGGCAGCAGCAGUAGCAGCACCUGCAGUGAGCAGGACCACGAGGUGGACGGCCUGGGUGGUGCUGAGGACGGCGACGAGGACGAGGAGGAGGACGAGGAGGAGAAUGACGAGUAUGACGUGAUCCGUGACCCCGACUUCAUCCCCGACCCCGACAUGAACCCGCUGGUGGAGGACUGGAUCCGCAUGAAGCGCGACGAGGCGGGCGGUGAGCUGGACCUGCCCCCCGGCUGCCCCCUGCGGCUGCGGCUGUUCCUGGACGCCUCCUGUCUCGAGGUGUUCACAGGCACCGGCCAGGCGCUCACCACACGCAUCUACAGGGGGCACCCGCCGCAGCACUGCCACCACGUGCCGCCCUGGGGCAGCCCCGCCGCCACCUCGGCACCCGCCUGCGCGCCCGGCGGCCCCGCGCCAGACCCGGGCAUCGAGAUCUGGGCCAUUGGAGGUGAUGGCGACGGAGGUGGAGCUGCCGCUGCUACAGCCAACGGUGCUGGCAGUAGCAACGGCAGCGGCAGUAGCACCACUUCAGGAUCCAGCCGCCACGUGGGCUGCACGCUGGACGAUGUGCACGUGUACGAGAUGAGCAGCGGCUGGGUGAGGGAGCAGGACGUGCCGAGGGAGGAGCCGCCGCCCGCCACUGCGGCGGCGGCGCCGCCGGCCCCACCCGCGCCGCCUGCAACGAUGGCUCCUCUGAAGCAACAGCGCGGAGUCCGUCAGUCGCUGUCACAGCCGGCGUCGCCGCUGCCGCCAUCGGUAUUGCGAGGCCAGCGCGAGCGAGCGAGCUAGAGGUGCAUCAAUUCUACACAGCAGCCGGCAUGAUUGUUUGCUCAUGCCGAUUGUUGUCUGGUGGAGUGACGUCCAAGCUGCCAAGGUUGGGAAGACUUGCAUGAAUGCGCUUUUAAGCUUGAGCUGGGCUAAGACUGCGUGAUGGAUGCAACGCAACUGGGGGUCUUUAUGCAGUGAUGGAGGUGGCCUGGGUGCAGCAUGCCUUUCGCAAUAAACCUCUAGCUUCUUCCGAUUGCUAUUCUUCACAAUCCAAAUGAGACGGUUGACUGGAACCCCUUUUCUCUCCCAUUGAUGUGUUUACACGUGUUGCAUUGGCGGUUGUCUCGGUGACGAUGCCGUGGUGGGGAGGCGCGCGGGGUUCCGCCGGGAAAGACUGGGCUACCGUACUGGGAAGCCGCGGGGGGGCACGCGUGUGUUUGGGAGUGCGGACAGACGCGGAAGGAAGCGGCGUCAAGUUGCUAACUCGUAAGAACACAACUACGGUACCAUAAGUGGAGAGCCUGUAAGGCGCCGUGCUGGCACACAGCGUGGAGAGGCCAGGGAUGCACCAUUGCACAUUUGGACGAGGCGGCCGUGCGCACGGAAGGACAGCGGGGUGGCGGCCGGGGGUAAGGAGUUGGCCUGUGGCACUUGGGCAUCACGGAUUCGCGCUAUCGGCAAUAUCUCGGUAUAGUAACUCUGGCGCUACACCAGCCGCGCACUCGUGUCCUUAUGUCGCAGAUUGAAUGUUCAGGCCUGGGAAUACGCUGCACACCACGGGGCUUCCCCAAACUGCCCCUUACCCUGGCCCGCCGCAAACAUAAUGCGGCACCUGCUGGGCAUCGAGUUAUCGACCCUGGUGUGCAAUGACAUCUGAUGGAAAGGGUAUCCGACCUAUGUGUAUGGUGUCGGCCUGGUGGGCGUGAUGAAGAGGGCAGGGGUGACUAAGUGGCCAAGUAGCGAUCCGGGGGCUGUGCCCGGCGUGGCGAUAUGAGAGGGAAGGAUCACAGACGUGCAGCUGUUAAUUAAAAGCGUAGUUGGCGGUCUAGGGCCUCAAGUUGCCGGGGGAGGGCGACGCUGGCCGGGUGCAGCAGUUCUGAGUAAGCUGCACGGGCGGGACGCCAAGCGCAACAAAGCCGCAACCUCCCCUGUUGGCGUGCAAUGCUGCUGCGUAUUGAAAGCAAUUCAA